UGGUCUCCAAUAUCCGAUCGACCGGUAAGAAGCGGACCGAAAUGCCUGUCCGACCGGAACACAGUGAUAACAUUCCAACAUGCCACCCCCUAGGACUCGCUCAAGGAAGAAUGACACAGAGACUUGUCCAUCAUGGAGUAAGAGAUGUGUCGAUCGACUAGUUGAUCUGGUACAUACACACAAAGGAUGUCUUUCAGCUCCUCCGAUAGCGGAUCGCUCUCCAGGGGACCUCGCUAACCUGGACCGCGUUUCUAUUCGGUUUAUAUGACCCCUGUAGCUCGACUCAUCUUCCUUCUUCCAUGAGCUCAGGAGCCUGACCUUGAAGCUUGAGACUAAUCCUGCCAACAUGAGCGAUACUAAGACUGCACGACGUGCGUCUCUUUUGGAUCGAUCCCUCUCUCAUCAUUCCGCUCCGGUGCACCUCAUCUUGCUGUCCGACAUGGGUUUCACAACGAUGGAUGGUCUCGUACAGUUACUCCAACUCCGAGGUGUAGAGGCCUCUGAGGUAUUUCUUUACCGUAUGUCCAUCAACGCCGUCAUAUGCUUUGCAAUUAUGGCGCUGAGAGACCCACAAUCGUUCAAGCUCUUCUAUGGCCCCGAUGCACCUUGGCUACUUGCCAGAGCUGUAUGCUCGUGCGGGGCUACGUCCUUGGCCUACGUCGCCGUAUCUCAUAUUCCCCUAUCGCUCUUCAUGACCUUGUAUCACCUCCGACCUUUCCCCACGAUAUUCGCGUGCUAUGCUAUCUUAGGCGAAAAGGCUACAAGAGCUCAAUUGAUCGCUAGUGUCAUCUCGUUCUCGGCAAUCAUUAUAGUCGUUCAGCCAGACUUUCUGUUCAGCCGUCACAGACCGGAAGGAGAUACCACAGCUUGGUCGACAUAUGUCGGCGUCGGGGUGACCCUUCUGUCCUGCACAUGCGGUGCUUUGGAAAUCGUAGCAUCUCGCAAGAUGGCAGACACUGUUGGAUGGGUACCAAUGCUUUUCGCCUAUACAGCCUUGGGUACAGUCACUGCGCCAGUAUGGAUCCUGUACUCUGGUGCCAGUAUCAAGGUGUUCGAUCAAGCGGGCUCGGUGCCGAUGGCUUUGUGGGUUGGAUUAUGCGGGAUGUUGGCCCAAGCUACCAUGAUCUUGGGUCUUCAGCGUGCGACAGGCGCUCGAGUAGCAGUUCUAGGCUAUUUUCAGAUCCUCUGGGCUGUGCUGUGGCAAGUCGUCGUCUAUGCGAACAUUCCAAAUCUGCUUCAGAUUCUGGGAACGAUCAUCAUCAUAGUAGCAGGAUGUUGGGCAAUUGUACAUGCAAGGCGACUCGGAAGUUCCCACGGCGAAGGGCUCAGGCGAUGAGUCGGAGCUUCCAUUGAUGGAGACGCCACAUACCCCAAACAUCAGGGAUCUUGAGAGACGAG